AAGCUAGCGGAUUAAACUGUUCCGUGUUCACGCUCCUUGAGACCCACGACGCUCACACGGGAGGUAGUGCGUGUUCGCCGCUGUGCUACUAUCUCGACGCGACGUACGGUGAAACCCAGCGAUGUCCCCGCCAGCAGCUGAAGUCGAGGACAAGACACAGCUCCGGGCGGGAGGACAGGUGUGACAACAGCAGGCGGUGCAUAGGGGUUCCACUACCGGCCAGUGUGUGUGUUUAUGUUGUAUGUUUAUGAGUGAGUGGCAUAGCAGCUGGCGAUUGUAACGUGAUGCCAAGAUGCUGCUGUCCCUGGGAAUGCUGAUGUUGUCGGCCACGCAGAUUUACACCAUCUUCACCGUUCAGCUCUUCGCCUUCCUCAACCUGCUGCCAGUGGAGGCAGACAUCGCUGCCUACUCAUUUGACAACAAAACGGAGAACUUUGAUGACCUGCCUGCACGGUUUGGCUAUCGUCUCCCCAGCGAUGGAUUGAAGGGCUUCCUGAUUGGUGCACGGCCAGAAAAUGCGUGCGAGCCCAUUCAGCCCCCACCAAGGGACAACUUGACGGGCGCCUUCAUCGUCCUCAUCAGGCGAUUUGACUGCAACUUUGACAUCAAGGUCCUCAAUGCCCAGAAAGCGGGAUACAAGGCGGCCAUUGUUCACAAUGUGAACUUUGAUGACUUAAUCAGCAUGGGAUCCAACGAUCUGGAUGUUAUGAAGCAGAUCGAUAUUCCCUCUGUGUUUGUGGGUGAGGAUACCGCCAACUCUCUGAAAGAGGACUACACAUAUGACAAGGGGGGACAUGUGGUCCUCAUGCCGGACUUCAGCCUGCCACUGGAAUACUACCUGAUCCCCUUCCUCAUCAUCGUGGGAAUCUGCCUCAUCCUCAUCGUUGUCUUCAUGAUCACCAAGUUUGUCCAGGAUCGACACAGAGCUCGGAGGAGCCGCCUGCGCAAAGAUCAGCUCAAGAAGCUUCCAAUUCACAAGUUCAAGAAAGGUGACAGCUACGACGUAUGCGCCAUCUGCCUGGACGAAUACGAAGAAGGAGACAAACUCCGAGUCCUGCCGUGUUCCCAUGCCUACCACAGCAAGUGCGUGGACCCUUGGCUGACCAAGACCAAGAAGACGUGUCCGGUGUGUAAGCAGAAGGUGGUCCCCUCGCAGGGCGACUCCGACUCCGACUCGGAGGAGGGGGAGAGCGGCCCCGACGAGAACGAGGAGGUGUCCGAGAGCACCCCGCUGCUGCGCUCGCUGGCCUCCACCAGCGCCCACUCCUUCGGCACCAUGUCGGGGGCGUCGCGCUCGGAGCACGACCAGGAGUCCUCCGACUACGAGGACGACGAGCUGGACAGCAGCGACGAGGAGGUCACCGUGGAGACGGUGGUGGUGCAGAUGCAGCAGCCCUGCUCCGAGGGCCACGAUCAAGACCUGCCCCGAGCCUGAACGCCCUCCCUGCCUGAUAUGUCCCCCCGUCCCCCCCUCGAACCUCACAGCUGCAACAGACUUUUGUUGGAUGCACGGAGCAGAUUCAUCAGCCGAUUUCCUCUGUCGUCGCUUAAAAUACAUUGUAAUGUAUCCUACAGUUCAAAUUAAGUUUUUUUUAAAAAUAUGAUUAUAGAUAAAGUGCUGACAGGAAGUCAGUGAGUGCAUCUCAAGGGCUGCUUGACAGAUUUGAAAGGACUGACGGCCUUUAAGUACAGUAGACUUUUAUACUGUAAACCGUUUACUCAGAAAAAGAAAGUCAUAUUUUCAUUGUCUGGUUUCGUCACGAGGAAAUCACGCUUGACACAAAGUCCAGUAAAAGUACUGUGUGUAUAUAUAUAUAAAGAUAAGUAUAGAUCACAAUAAGUUACCUUUGAUUAUCUCCUAUCUUGUAUGUUUCAGAUGACUGGAAAAGAUGCAUUAUUGUACAAUACAUGUUCCGCUGAUGAUUUGACGAGCCUCUGAAGCACUAUGCAGCAUCCUUUUUUUUUUUCUUCUUCUCCCUUAACUGUCGCUCGGCAAGUAUAGAAACGUUUAAAAACACAGCAAUAUAGUUUUUGCCAUUUCCAUGUAUGAAGGAGCGUCGCUGCCCCGUAUGUGUUUUGUGCCACGGUUUUUACCUUUUUACAGCGACUGGGCGUCCCGUCACGCUGCAGGCCGGUCACGCCCGAGAGUUCAUUAGUGUGAAGAGACACUGGAGGAACGACGGCGGAGAACUUCGUCUGGCCGCUGCAGACCCGUCGCUACACUUAACACAGUCAUCGGUUGAUGGGCCUUGUAACAGACAUUUAACUGAUCUCAUUUUAUUACUGUUUAAAGUCAGUUCACUAACAUGUAUAUUUUUUUUUUCUCAUAACUUCACUCUAUAUUCAUUGACAAAUCCUGUUGCCUUUUUUUUUUUUCAGUUGACGUAUUUUUGUGCUCCACGUUGUGUCUGUUCUCAAUGAAUUCACUUCAAUAAAAUGAAUAUGACACAA